GGCACGUGCCAGACAUGCCCAGCAGGGUGCAACCAGUGCGCCCCCAACGGCUCCUGCCAAUCAUGUGAGGAUGGAUACAAGAAGGCAGGCGGCCGCGUCGCCCACUGUGCUGCCUGCAACGACGGCACCGGCGCCUGCUCCGCGUGCGAGUAUGGCUACGGCCUGCACAGCACCGCGGCCGGCGGCACCACAUGCCUGCCGUGUGAGAAAGCAUGUGGGGAUUGCCGAGCCGGCCCAAAGUGCGCAGGCUGCGUGGGAGGGUAUGCUCUUGCAAGGAACGGCACGUGUGUGGCAUGCGUCGACAAGAACUGCGUCACCUGCUCGAGCGCCAAGACCUGCACCAGCUGCGCCGCCGGCUUCGAAGCAGUUGCCGGCAAAUGCACUCCCUGCGCCGAUCCAAACUGCGGC